AUGAAAGGAGCCCUUAGGCGACAUCACUCAGUACCCAUAUCAACUCCCACUCCACGAUUUGAUUCAUCCCAGCUUAAGGAGGUCGGUGAGAUAAACCUAUCGACUAGAUCUACUCAUUCAGUUAGUACUGGUUGUCAAAGUUCUCUUGGUAUUACAAAUAAGUCAAGCUCAGCACUACAAACAGAAGAUAUAGAUGGUUUAGAGGGAAAUCAAUGCUUUGACAAUAAGCGAUUGCAAGCGGAAUCGAAAAAAUCUUCAACAGUAAUAUCUGGCCAUAAUGUUUCAACCUUGUGCAAAUCCCCAACUCCUAUAGAAAUACACUUCACACCGAGUAUAAGUUAUGCGGAAAAAUUACUGCUACAUCUGCAUCGUAACUCCAAACUUCAACACCCAGGAAACCAAAGCAGUACACAUCAUCAAAUUAUAUCUGGAGAAGCUAUUUUAGCAAACACUGUGGAUGAAACUCAAAAACAGGAGGAAGACAACGAAGAAGAAGAACGUAUCAUGCAAGAUUUUCAACUUAAUAGAAUUUCUUUCGAUGAAUUACACCAGUUGGCUACUAUGAAAAUGCAGCUCAAUGAUACUUUGGCUCUCUAUCCUGUAGAAGACUUGGAACCAGUAUCCUUCGAAAGAAAUGAGAUUAUGAACUCUAAAGACGAUGAUAAACUCAAAGGAAAUAACUUCGAUGAAAAACCACUGAUUAGUGAAACCUUUUCUUCCGAGGAUAAUUUAAGUGAAGUCACUGAGGCCUUCAAAGCAGAACAAUAUCCUAAAUCCAAGUCUACAGAAGAAGAAAAAGAAGUAGCAGUAGUGAACAGAAAUAAGGAAGCAAGCAUUUUAAAUAGUCCAUACAAUUUGUGGCAACCUGGAAGAUCAGUUUAUUCUCCUGAUUCUUGUAUGGAUUCUGAUGUAAACAAAACAGUUGCUGAAUACUUAAAUAUGAUUUUAGACGAGAAGUCAGUCAAUAAAACUGAAGUUGAAGAUGAUUAUCAUGAACAGUUCAGAAAUACAACAGAAUCACCAAUUCAGUCUCAAAAGACACCAUCAAUGACUCAUCGUUGUAAGAAUACUUCAAAAACAGGAAAUGUAGAAGUUACGAAUGAAGAAUACGAUAGUGAAGACGAUAAUAACUACAACUCUCUGUAUGAUUCACUUGGAUAAGAAUGAAAUUUAAGAAAAAAAGUAAUGAUAAUGUAAUUAUAUGUGUACACGGAUGAUAUCUGUAGAUAAUUUGUUUCACAACAAAUUCGAAUAUUUCUCAUUCUAUU